CUCUCUCUCCUCGCCACCGACAUCCACCACAUUAGCAGCCUGCCAGGACUCCUCUUCUCCCUCAGGAUGACCUGCUCCCUCCGCUUGAGCGCCCACCUCCUUCUGCUGCUGCUGUCCCUCAGCUGCACCGCGCACGCCGAGCCCCGGCGCACCCCCCAGCGCAGGGUGGCCCGGGCGCCGGCCUCCAAGGUGCGACUGGCGGGAAACUUUGCGCGGGAAGCGAACGAAGGGCGCGUGGAGGUGCUGCACAACAACACCUGGGGGACCGUCUGCGACGACGAGGUGGACAUAAAGCUGGUCGGCGUGGUGUGCCGAGAGCUGGGCUUCCGAGGAGCCGUGACGUGGGCUCACAGCGCCAAGUAUGGAGAGGGAACGGGACCGAUAUGGAUGGAUAACGUACGGUGCGACGGCUCAGAGAAGUCCUUGAAAGACUGCAAGCACAAUGGAUGGGGGGUGAAUGACUGCAAGCACUCUGAAGACUUGGGGAUUGUGUGCACACCCGAGCACCGGGUGGAUCAGCCCACCAACAGAGGUCACACGACUGCUGCCAGACCUUUGGUCAGCCAUGCGCCUCAAUGGGGGGCUAACAUCGCAACCCAGAGGCAUCCAGGAUAUGGGUAUUAUGGCAAUGGACAUCCGUAUGAGAUUCCCAGAGUCCAUCGACCACCCCACCACUACCAGGGUCACAGCAAGGUGCAAAUAGAAGAAGUCCGUCUUCGCCCCAUCCUCAUGGCUACGAAGAAAAAGAGCCUUAUCACAGAGGGCGUAGUGGAAGUGAAGCAUGCUGGGAGAUGGAGGCAGGUGUGCGACCUGGGUUGGAGUCUGAACAGCAGCCGUGUGGUGUGUGGGAUGCUUGGCUUUCCAGAGGCCGCUCAACACAACGUCAAAACAUACAAGAAAAUAUGGGACACCAAGGUCAAAGAUCCAUCAACAAGAAUUAGCCUCAUGGCAAAAAAGAAGGGAUUCUGGGUAGAGAAAGUGCACUGUCUGGGCACAGAGAACAGCCUGUCGGAGUGCCUUGCUCAGCUGUCCAUCCCUCGCAGUCCCACUCCAUGCAAGAACGGGAGACACGCGGUGGUCAAGUGUGUGGCGGGGCCUCAGUUUGCUCGAAUGUCCUCAGGAAGACCCCAGGCUCCUCAUCCAGUUGUGCCUGUGCGCCUUAAGGCAGGUCCCCGGCUGGGCGAGGGUCGUGUGGAGGUGCUCCGGAAUGGAAAAUGGGGAACUGUUGUCGACCACAUGUGGGACAGGACUGCAGCCAGCGUGGUGUGCAGAGAGCUGGGUUUUGGUUCUGCCAAAGAUGCCCUGCAAGGAGCUUUUAUGGGCCAAGGUACAGGACCUAUCCACAUGAACAAUGUACAGUGUAUGGGCUCCGAACGCUCCAUCCUGGACUGCUUUUUCCAGGAAGUCCAACCRUGGACAUUCAAACACAGCCAAGAUGCCUCUGUACGCUGUAACGUUCCUAAAACGGGCACGGAAAAAACGGUACGGCUCGCAGGUGGUAGAGUCCCCUCUGAAGGCCGCGUGGAGGUGUUGAUGGAAUUUGGAGGUCGUAAGCGSUGGGGCUCCGUCUGUAGCGAGAACUGGGGCAUCAAUGAAGCGAUGGUGGUGUGCAGACAGCUGGGCCUGGGCUUYGCUGCCAGCGCUCUCCAGGAGACAUGGUACUGGGCUGGUGACCCAAAUGCUAACGACRUGAUUCUCAGUGGAACUCACUGUGUGGGAACAGAGCUUUCAAUCCAACAAUGUCGUCGCAACACCCACCUUCACUGCCCGCGUGGAGGUGGGGCCAAGGCUGCUGGGGUCAGCUGUUCGGACACUGCCCCAGAUCUUGUUUUGGACGCCCAGCUGGUCCAGGAGACAACCUACCUGGAAGACCGACCCCUCCACUUGCUGAAGUGUGCUCAUGAAGAGAACUGUUUGUCCUCCUCUGCUGCCAGGAUGAACUGGCCCUACGGCCACCGUCGCCUGCUGCGCUUCUCCUCUCGCAUCAUGAACCUGGGUCGGUCCGAUUUCAGACCCAAGGCAUCAAAAGACACCUGGACAUGGCACGAGUGCCACAGGCACUACCACAGCAUUGAGGUGUUCACACACUAUGACCUGCUGACUCUGAACGGUACAAAGGUUGCAGAGGGACACAAGGCCAGUUUCUGUCUUGAGGAUACAUACUGCCCUGAUGGACUCCAGAAGCGGUUCUCCUGCUACAACAUGGGUGAUCAAGGCAUUUCUGUAGGUUGCUGGGACACUUAUCGCCAUGAUAUUGACUGUCAGUGGGUUGAUGUGACGGAUGUACGGCCUGGUGACUACAUAUUCCAGGUGGAAGUCAACCCUUCACUGGACAUGGCCGAGUCUGACUUCAUGAACAACGUCAUGAGAUGUCGGUGCAAAUACGACGGCCACAGAGUUUUCAUGUACAGUUGUCACACAGGGGACGCUUACAGUGCGGAGACCGAAGACCUGUUUGAACACCAAAGACAGAUCACUAACAACUUUGUGUAGCCCAUCCAAGGGUCCAGUUUGAAGGCAGUACAGUGGAACACAGAUACUAUUUAUUGUGGGCUAAGUUCACUGGCCUCAGGAAUCCUGGGACCUUGGGAUCCACAAUAACUACAAAAGACACAAAAUGCCACCUGCUUGUUCAUCUUCUCUUCAGACGACGGUGACAUUUUUUAUCAACACAUCAUUCAGCAACCAUUGCAAGGAUAUUUACAUAAACUAAACUGAUCAUUGGGAAGAACAGGUGCUGCAUGGUUCAACAUGGGUUUAUCUUCUAGUUAAAUAUUAUUUCAGUCUUUCACAUUUUUUGUGAAUGUGGUUAUUAGUAGCUGAAAUCUAUCAUUUAGAACAACAUUUGUGAAAAAAUUAUGCUUUAAAAACAAAGACAACAUUAACCUCCAACUUAAACAAAAAUAAUGAUUGUGUGAAUUUUACCCCCUCCCCACCCGAAAAAAAAGCCUGCCCAAAUUGUAUCUUUUGUGCUUUUAUAUUACAAAAAUACCAGUGCUCUUUACCAAUACUGUAUGUUUUUUUUUAUUAACAUCAAUAUGUUUCAGGUGAACAAUGUUAUAAACAAAGUUAUGUUAUUUUUGUACUUAAAUAUAGCUCUAACAAAAUUAUAAUUUUACAAAAAUAUUGUUGUGCUUGACAUUCAGACUAAUUACGAAAAGGUCAAUUAAUUUCAAAGAAGGAAGCACUUUAUCUUAAAAACAGAAGUAUUCAAGUUUGUGCCCCAAACCCCCCUC